GCGGGAGGGUAGGUAGUAAUGUGUGUGAGGCUGUCAGACAGCAUGGUCUGGGUCUGAGGACAGCACUGGAAGACAAAACAGCAGCCUAGUGAACUCCAUGUAGACCAGAGUGGUGCUAUCCACAGAUCACCUGGACCUGUCCACUCAUCAGCACCCACCUAAGACAACACCUGCCUGUUUUAGAGAAGUAAGUGGAGUAGGACCAGGGAGGUGUGUCUGUUUGUAUUCUUUUUUUUUUAUUAUUAUUCUUUUUUGGUUUACUUUUUUGGUUUUUGGAGUUGGCUCCUGGCUGGACCGCAUGCAUGACACAACGCAAAGGCGAGAAACCCACCAUCAGCAUCCAGGAGCACAUGGCCAUUGACGUGUGCCCUGGCCCCAUCCAACCCAUCAAGCAGAUCUCUGACUACUUUCCCCGGUACCCACGGGGCCUUCCCCCUGCUGUGCCCCACGUUGGGCCCCUGCGCUCUGCCCUCUCCACCUCAUCAGCUUCUGCCUCCACGACUGCUGCUGCUGAGAGUGACCGCCCCAAUGAGGAUAACCCAGACCGGGCUCUUGCCGGAGCCUCCGCCUCCUUACAGGCCACCAAAAAGGAUGAGGAGCCUGAUGUGGAGGGAUACGACUCAGAUGACUCCACUACAUUGGGAACCUUGGAAUUCAGUUUGCUGUAUGACCAGGAGAACAAUGCGCUGCACUGCACCAUCAACAAAGCCAAGCUUCCUGUCCCCAGAUACAAGAAGGGGCUCAAGCCUAUGGACCACAAUGGACUCUCAGAUCCCUAUGUCAAGUUGCACCUACUGCCAGGUGCCAGUAAGGCCAAUAAACUCAGAACCAAGACCCUGCACAACACACUUAACCCAGUCUGGAAUGAGACCCUGACCUACUAUGGCAUCACUGAUGAGGAUAUGGUCCGCAAAACCCUCAGGAUUUCAGUGUGUGAUGAGGACAAAUUCCGCCACAACGAGUUCAUCGGGGAAACGCGCAUCCCCCUCAAGAAGCUGAAACCCAACCAAACCAAGUGUUUCAACAACUGCCUGGAGAAACAGUUACCUGUCAAGACAGAAGACAAAUCUCUGGAGGAACGUGGACGAAUCAUGAUUUCUCUGAAGUACAACACCCAGAAGUCUUGCCUAGUGGUGGGAAUCAUACGCUGUGCUCACCUCGCCGCCAUGGAUGCCAACGGCUUUUCCGACCCCUACGUCAAAACGUACCUGAAGCCUGACGAGAACAAAAAGUCAAAGCACAAGACUGCCGUGAAAAAGAAGACGCUCAAUCCCGAGUUCAAUGAGGAGUUCUGUUAUGACAUAAAAUAUGCAGACCUCACCAAAAAGACCUUGGAGGUGACCGUAUGGGACUACGACAUUGGAAAGUCGAAUGACUUCAUAGGUGGUGUAUCUCUGGGUAUCAAUGCAAAUGGAGAGAGGCUCAGACACUGGUUUGACUGCCUCAAAAACAAGGACAAAAAAAUUGAACGCUGGCACACGUUGACCAAUGAAUUACCCGGUUCAUUAAAUGACUGAACGCACACAUCCUUUCGUCCCACCCGCUGACCCCCGACCCUCGCCGGCUGCACCGGGAAUCCUGCAUCCUCCCAGUCCUCCCUCCUACUUCUCUGGGUUGUCCUCGUGUUGUCCACAUCGACCUGAGACGCCUCUCUUUGGGAAUAUACAGUAUUUCCUCUCCACAGGGCUGAGCUUAAAAUGUACACAUCUUAUGUUUGUGUUCAACAACAUUUUCACACAUACAAAAGGAGGUUCCACAGCUGCUCAUUUCAUUUUGUUUUAAGAGAAAUUCAGUCGACAAAAUGACUGACAAGUGUUGACUUCUAAGCAUUCUUGUAUGAACGGUGAAGCUAAAAGGAGCAACUCUAUUUGAUGAGGUCUUUUACAGCUGCUAAAGAAUUUCUGCUAAUCUUUAAAACUGCACAGGAUGCGUUCAGUCUGAUGGCUAUGAACAGAAUCUUUGGAUUUAACAAAGCAUGUAGCAAAUAUUUCACACUGUACAGAAAAACUUAAAACCCUUUUAAACCCUUCAUGCAAGUCCUAGACUUUCCAUUUGGACAGAUGAGAACAAUGCCGUAGGAACUUGGUGGUUUAGGAAGAACAACCCUUAAAUGCAAGUUGAGGCCUCAGUACGCUUCAGACAAACUUGGGCACAUCUUUCUGAGCAUGACUCUCCUUAAUGAAAAUAACCUUUUUUUCAGUUGUUUCAAUGUAGCUCACCAGUAGUAAAAGAUAAUAAAAGUGAAGUUCUUGUAAAGGCAAAAACCCACAGAGAAACAGAGCUGAGGUGGACGGAUGGGUCAACAAGCAGGCCCACUUCCAGUCCAGCCCCUGCACCCUCUCCCUGCAUACUUUUCAGUUGAUUUGAGAGUUUGCGUGGAGGCUCUUCUACCCCAGUCUAACUCGCCUUAGGAAGACAUGAGUUAUAAACCUGUUGUUUUUUGGGUAUUACAUAACCGCUACCUGUACGCCACCCAUAGAUGUGACUCCACAUGGAGUUUCACUCAUCACAGAACUGGACCCCCACAUUUUCCUUCUCCUACCAAAAGGCAGUGUUAGUUAUUUUAAACCACAGUUAUUCCCUAAGUUAACAAAAUCUUUAUUUUUUUGCAUCUGUAGCAGAACAUUACUCAUUAUUCUAGAGCAGAAAACAUGUUUUUUUUUAUUGUAGUUUGUGCUGGAUUAGAAAGGUAUUGCAAACAGUAUGGACCUGCCAGUAUCUGGUUAUCCUUUCUGUGAUCAAUUUAAAGGAUAGUUAAAUUAAUGCGGCAUAAUUUGGAGGAUCGGUGUGUCUAAAAUAGCAGCAAAAAAGCCUCCACCGAUUAUCUGGAUUCAGCUGUAGACUACAACUGAGUACAGCUACAAACAAAACCUUCAUCUGUGGCUGAGAGCACCAUCACAGCACUGCAUGUUUGGCCCUCUAUCUAUUUUUUUUAAAAUGCUUAUCCUGCUAGGGUCACAUUAGAGCUGGCACUGGUACACCCCGGACCCUUUGUGUUAGUUCAUCAGAGGUCUAACAUGAAGAGACAGUCACGCACUCACCAAUUAACCUAGCGUGCAUUUCUGUGGACUCUGAGGAAGCCGGUGAAUUGAGUCCCCACACAAACGGGGGAGGACAUGUAAACGCCGCACAGACAGGCCCCACCGUGCUGCCCCCCGGUGAUGUACUGAAUGUAAUCAGGCCCCAUAGUGCUUUAAUUGGAUCCCCCACUGACUCUGCCUGUCUCUGGUUACAACUCAGAAUCUAAAUAGCAUUGUUUUAGAGGAAAAUUCCAGUGUCCAAGCCUGAAGGGGAUGCUUUUUGAUUCUGACAUUCAUGCACUGUAAAUGUUGUCCCCCAAAGACAGUCAAAACAGAGUUUUACCUCCUGAAGAGUCUUCGGAAGAACACUUAGCAGAAACGGCCUCACCUCUGGUGUUUUUCUUCAUGCACUUGAGGUUUUUGGCCACAUCAACACAACAGCACUUGUUGCCAAAUUCACCACAGUGAAAUUCAAUGGAAAGGGUUGAGUGGAGAAGAUCCAGCAAGUAUACCAAACGCAGUGUUUACAAAAAUGCUGGAAGCAGUUCAAAGGGGACAUAUGCAUUUAAAUCAGACAGGCAUUUGCUUGUUAUGGACGCCCUUCUAUAGAAUUAUAAAUCUAAAAUAACACUUUGUUUGAAGCAUACUGAGGCCCCGAUAGCCAGUAUUGCUUGUUGGAAAGAGGAAUCCAUCAUAACCGCACCAACAGCCCUAAUCCUUUCCUGAAAGUAAGGUUACUAAGGAGAUGGGGUUUGGCUUUGAAGCCAUGAGAUCUCCUCAGAAACAGCUGAGGAUCUCCUUUAAGCUGGAGGAUGACGGGUUAAAACAAAUAACAGACAAACAGUUCAGCCUAAAUUCCUUCUUCAGGCUACUUACAGUGGUUAUUCAUGGCAUUACAAACACAGACUCCCACAGACACUGCAAAGUGUCACCAACUAUGUGGACAAACACAGAUUGCUCAGUGCAGCCCAACUUCUAUGGAGCUGCUGACGUUUGUGGUCAUCCUGAUGUCGAGGCGAGUGUUUGGUCCAUUCAGUCAUCCCGUCCAGACUUCAGAAAAAGCACUGGCAAGAUAAACCAGUACGCGUUAUAAUCUAAUUGGGAGGUGAAUUGUGGGUACAAGGUCACAACGCUGUUUUCAAUCAGCUGGAUUUUCUUUGUGGUCAAAAAAUGAUUCCUUAAACGUUAGAGUUCUUAAGAAAAUGGGUUCAAACGUCAAGGGCAGGAUUGAAUUUCUUUCAAAGAGCAAACUGCAAAGUGCCCCUGAGUCAAACUGAGGCAGAUGGUCAUUUGAACAAGUACAACAAAAGCAUAAUAAAUGCUCUAUUUUUGUGAUUAUCCGAGAGCUGAAUGGAUAUGGCUAUAGACAGAAAAAUCUCACAGUUCUGAUGAUCUGUGGACGUAUUUCAUGCAGAAAAUAGGAAACAUCCACUGUCGCGACAUGCAGCCGUCACACCACACAGCAUGUUUCAGUGUGUGGAAAGCUGAGUGCAGCUGUAAUCAACAACACAAUGAAGUUCAGUGGGUGACCAGUCUGCUGAAAAUCACUUGUCGAGCCACAAUGCCACCUGAUUUGGAAGCUCUUAGGUUUGUGUGGGUGUGUGUGUGUGUGCGCGCGCGUGUGUGUGUGUGUGUGUGUGUAUGUGUGUGUUGCUUAUUGUUUACACUACCGAAAAUGAGUUUCCACAAAAGCUCGCUGAUGGCAUUUUCAGCCAGAUGAAAAUGUACCUGCUGUUUGUCAAAAGGGCCGAAUUUCAAAAACAGAAA